UCUCCGUUUUGAGUGUGCAUAGAACACUAUUUUGUUUUAUCCAUUAUUUUCUUCAAAUUAAUAUGGUUAUGUUUCUUGCAAUAAAAUCUAGAGAUCUUUAAGAUUUUCUUGUGAAAGACUAACUUUGUUCGAAACUCAUUUGUUUUCACUUCAAUUUUCUAGGGGCAUAUUAUGUUUGGGUUGAAGUUUUCUAACUUGACCAUGAAGCAAAAUCUUGUUGGUUCUUCAAAUGGAAGGGUGAGUGUGGCCCAAGAACAGAAAAUUGUAGAGGUGAAAGGACUGGAAAUUUAUUCCAGUAUGCCAUAGUUCAAUGGAUUUGGUAAUUAUGAACACUAUGGGUAACUCCUACUCAGCAAGCACUAUAGGACCCGAAGGAAAACAAUACAAUUCAAUAUUAGCACCAUUCGACGUGACCUUAAUUCUUUCGGCUAACAGAUCGCAAAAGCCUGAUGACAAUGCUGCUCAAUAUUCUGUUACUGCUGAACUGAGUGGUUUGGUUAUAUCCUUAGAUGAAGUUCAGUUACAACAAAUGUUUCUUGUGUGGGAUUAUGUCUGCACUUGUAGAUUAAGAGAAAAGUAUGGGCGUUUUCGCCCCUGGCAUUGUCCUUUACUAGCAAAAUGUGAAGGCUGGCAAAUAUUGUGGUGGCGCUAUGCAAAAGAUUCAAUCCUCUCAGAUAUUCGUAAGAAGCUAAAGAAAACUUCAUGGAAAUACUUUGGAUAUCGAUUGAGUUACCGUCGGAAAUAUAUGAACUUGUAUAAGAUAAAGUUGGAUUUUCUCCAACAAGAGCAGCCAGUUGAUGAUGAUGUUCUGCAAGAUUUGGAGCAAAUGGAGAAGGAAUCGGAUCUUGAUGAUAUUCUGAACUAUCGAUCUGCUGCAGAAUCUGAGAUGCAGGAAUAUCUUUCUAGGUAUUCUACUCCUAACAAUGGACGGAUUCACACUGAUAUUUCUACAGAUAAGUCAGGAAACGAUGAACACACUAACAAAUCACGAGGAUGGUUGAAUUGGCUAUCUCGUGGCAUGCUUGGUGCUGGUGGUACUGAUGAUUCAAGUCAAUUUUCUGGGGUUGUGUCAUACGAUGUUAAGGACAUUUCUGAAGCAACUGAAUUUCAUCCUCUGGUUUCAUCCAAUGUGGAUGUGGCUACGAAGCAUAAAUUGUGCAUAUUUGCAUCAAAGAUUGAGAUUCAUGAGAUUUCUGCAACUCUAUUUAGCAAGAAGCAUUGUAAAGGAAUUGCAGAAAUAGUUUUUGAAGGUGGAGUAGUUGAAUCUAAGCUCUACAAAGGACAUGGAUAUAUUAUCUCCAAAUUCAAGUCUGGGAAAAUGGUUGAGCCAAACAGCAAGGAAGUCUGCUUACAAAUUAGACGGCCCAUCGAUGAAAAGAAUAUACUGGAUUUUGUGGAUCAUUCAUGCAGCAUUCAAGUAAAAUUUUCCUCUAACCAAGAUAUUGGCAUGUCUGUAAAGGGAAUGCUUCAACAACUUCAAGUGACAUUUGAUGCAAACAUUUUAUUGAAUCUGUUGGAGUUUUAUGGUUUUGUUACAUCGUACAAAUUUUAUAAUGAGAGGGUGCUGUUGUCAUUGAAUGGAAUUGAAAAUGACACGACUCGACUCUUAUCCAAAGCAGAAUAUGUUGGUGUGAACCAUGGAAGAGUAGUGUGGGAUGUUUCUGUAUUUGGCGUUUCUGUUAACUUUCCAUGGAGAAAUACAGCAUCAGAGUGUAGCAACAUGGUAAUUAAGUCAAGGUCUUUGUGCUUUAAGUCCAAAAUUGGUCCUGAAUCUUUUUUCUCAGUUGUCGGGGAUCAACCUUACUUCCUGAAGAACUUUACAAAUACAAUAUCCACAUCUAAGGAUUGUUUAGGUGUCCGACUACAAGAUCUUUACAAUUACAUUGAUGUUAAACUCAACAAUUUAAAGAUCACGAUUGUGAAUUCUGACCAGUCACAAAAGCUUUCUAUUCUUGAGAAAUUUAGUGCUUCAUUAUUCAUGGCUUUCUGUGUCAUCCCUGAUGAGUCCAUUUUGAAGCAGUUAGAGGUUUAUGUGCUCAUAGAAUCACUGAAAGCACACUUCUCCCCUUCAGUAUAUGGUGCAUUCAUUGAAUUGGGCACUUAUCUGGACUCACUGCUUGUAAGGGGUGAAUCUGAAUUGAACUGUGUUCAUCCUCCUAAUAUUGUUUCGGAUAAGUCGACAUAUUCUACUUUUGGUAUAUCCAUUAUUUCAAGACUAGGUUCAGUCGAUCUAGAAGUUGACCUUGAAAAUAGAGGAGAUAACAGCUCUGUGCUCAUGAUUUCUAUGCAAGAUAUUUAUGUACGGUAUGCUUCUGCUGAUUUUGACGAGUUAUUUAUCAGCAUGAAAUCUUUGAUGAUCUGUGCUUAUAAAGUUAAGGAUGAAAAAGACGGAUGUGUUGUGCUUUUAUCAGGGAGUUUAUCAUCUCCUAGUGUUUCAGUCCCAGGACAUUCUUUUCCUGAACCACGUAUUGAAUUUGAUCAAUUUUCUGAUGCAGCUAUGUUGGCUGAUGCAUGUUUUUCAAUGCACUAUGAAUCUCCUAGAACUGAUUUAGUAUGUCACAAUUGUUUUAUUUAUCUAAAUAAAGCUGAUAUCCACUGCUACGCACACAUUGUUGGACUGCUUGUCGGGUUCUUUCGUAGGUUGUCUGCAUAUAGUACCUGUUAUGAGAAACCCUCUGCAGGUAAUACUGCUAAUAUCUCAAAAACCUUCUCAAGCUUUGGGUUGCAAAAGUUUGGAUUCUCAAACUAUUUUGAAGCUGGUUCAACUGAUUCUGCAUGCAUUCCAUUUGAUUGCUUUCCGUUUGUUACAAUUUACAAUUCUGGUCCUCUUGGUAAUCUAGAGAGCUCACUCAUAUAUGCAAUUCCAGAGUGGAGAAAAUAUUUUACUCUGAGGGACAAAAAAAUAACUAGUCCCAAAUGUUUCCAUGAUUCUUCCUCAAAAUGCAAGUGUGAUUUCAGAUACUUUCUUGAAUCUGGGAUUGCCAGAACCUCCAAUAAUUUUUCGAUUGAGUUGCACCUGUAUGGAAUUAGAGCCCAUUUUCAUGACUCAUCAUGCAUAAUUGGAUCAAUCAUGGUGCCUACAUGCAAAUCUUCCCUAUUAUUUUGUGAUGACAGCAUGGACAUAUUGUGUUCUACUGAAGGAUUGGUUCUUACGUCAUCUUGGGGGCCUAACAAUUUUCAGGAUUAUCUAUGGGGUCCUUCUACUGCAGAUUUAUCCCCUGUUUUAAAUGUAAGGGUCAGGAAAGCACAAAGCAUAUCUUCAACUGUUAAUUUAGAAGUAUGCAUCGGCAUUCAGCAUGUGUACUGCAUGUUGCCCUCUGAAUAUCUCUCCAUCAUCAUUGGUUACUUUUCACUCUCUGAUUGGGGUGGUUAUCCCAGUGAUCAGUUUUCCUAUGAUGCACAAGGUGAUAUAGCUCUAAAAGAUGACAUGAGGAUUACAUACAAGUUUGAAAUCUUGGAUUCUGAUCUUAUUUUGCCUGUGGAAAGUAAUGAACAUCAAUUUUUGAAGGUUCAAUUGCCACAACUUUAUUGUUGUUUCAUUGAGAAUUCUGGUUUUAAUGAUGUAUUGAAGAACAUCCCGACGGAAUGUUUGGUUCCUGUUCAUAAGCUCGCCAAAAUAAAUAACUGUCUAAAUAUAUUUGGUCGAGAUUUGAACGUGUCAUUCAUUUUCUACAUGAAUGACAUACUUGGCUUAGCAACAGAUGAGCAGAAUACAGAAUUUGUAGCAAGUUCUGUAGUUGCACCCAUGAAUGCUGAUGUUUGGGUCAGAAUUCCAUGUGGAAGUGAAUCUAAUAGCAAAAGCUCUGCAUCGAUAUGUUUGAUGGCAUGCAUUCGCAGUUGUUAUAUUAUUGCUGAGGAUAGCCACUUUUUCGAUGGAUGUAUGGCUAUACGGGAUGUUAUUGAGGAAUUCUCUUCAGUUGAAGAUCAAUUCAAAUGUUUCAAGUCUGAUGUUGUGCAAUUUCUUCAUUCCAAGAGAAGCUUAAAGUCAUCUGGAGCAACUUCUUCAACUCCAAUGGCGUCGGCCAUUAUAUCAACAGAAGUCAAAUGUUGCACUCAAUCAUUGUCCAUAAACCUCUGUCAUAAACACGAAGGUUUUGAGAAACCAAUAAGCAAGUGUGAUUUGAAGUUUAUUUGUUCAGCAUCCUUAGUUGACGAUUCCUUGGUUUGGUUGGAUUUGCAGUUCUCUACAUUGGUGUUUUACUCUUCAUACGGUUCUGUCUUGGCAAAAUGUGCUUCAACUAGGGAGUCUACGUUUGUACUUUGCAUCUGUUUUUCUAUAUCUAUUGACCAUAUUAAUGAGCUCAGUCUUUGUCUACCGUCUCUUGAUAUUUGGCUUCAUUUGUCUGAGUGGACCCAGAUUGUUAAUUUUCUGAAUCAUCUCUGUUUACCUUUGGACAAAAGUCCUAUGCAUGCAGCAUCUGAGAGUUUGUCUGUAGAUACUGGCAUUUCUGCAAAAAAAGCAGAAGCAGAAGAUGAAUCUAGUUUCCUUGAUUCUGAGAGUACCUCAAUACCUUUUACAACUCAGGAGACUGAGAAUGCUGUCUUAAUGAUUAUUAAGUCGGAAAAUGUCUGUAUCACUUUUCACAUCCCCAUCUGGACCAGUGAAGAACCAUAUGUGGAACUUCAGCGUGCUGAAAGUCUAAACCUGACAACUCUAAGUUUAUCCUCUGAUAUUGUUGAAGAAAAGGAUGCAGAGUUUCUUACUGUUUCUGUCAAAGUGAAAGAUAUUGAAUUAGUUAUAAGUGGCAGGGAUAUCCAACUGAAGUCCAAUAUGGAAAGAUUGAGCAGUGUAAUAGUAUUCGUUGCCAAUGCAAAUCAUACAUCUUUGCCACUUCUUGAUAUAAUCCAGGUUCAUGUGGAUGUUGUCUUCAGUAGAAGUCAGAUAGACAACAGCACACUCAAAGUGGAGCUUAUAUGUGAUCAUUCUGAUCUAUGGCUUUCGCAUCCUGCAUUCCAUUUAUGGGGUGCUUUAAAAUUCGAUGUUCCUAAAUCUGGAUCUGCUCAAUAUUCAAUGGGAGACAUUUCUUUCAAAUUCCAAAUGCGGAAGGUUUCGGUUCUAAUAACAGAUGGAAAGUGGAGCUAUAACGGGCCUCAGCUGGAAAUUCUAGUGAGAAGCAUCCUCUUCCAUGCGUUUGCAAGUGGAAAGCACCUUGAAAGUUCUGUCACAGGCGAUCUUCAAGUAAACUACAAAAACAUUGAAAAGGUGUCAUGGGAGCCCUUCAUUGAGCCUUGGCAGUUUCUAUUCACUUUAGUUAGGGAUCAAGAAAUCGGUGUUCUUCCGAACAGGUCCCUUUCCACUGAUAUCAUUCUCGAAUCAACAACUCAACUGAACAUCAAUAUUACAGAGUCCUUAGUAGAGUGUGUUUCACGCACUGCUGAAAUGAUAGAUGAUGCCUUGCGUCUGAUGGGAUCGAAAGAUCGUGAUGGAAACAAACUCUUACGUCAAUCAUAUGCUGAAUACAGUUGUGCUAAAAAAUGUGCUGCUCCAUAUGUUAUACAAAAUUUAACCUCUGUACCACUUCUGUAUCAUGUAUAUCAUGGGCAUAUCAAUCCUGAUGAUAUCUAUGACUUCGAUGUGCAUCAUGCAAAAUAUGUGCAACCAGGUUCUGCAAGUACGAUAUAUGUGGAUGAAAAUGCUGAACCACAGCUCUCCAAUUACAGGCCUUAUCAUUCUUCAGAUAGUCUAAAUGAGCAAAGGUCAAGUGGCUUAGCUCAUCGUUAUAUUACUGUACUGCUUGAAGGAACAUCUAUGCCAUGUGAUCCAAUUUCAAUGGAUUUAGUAGGAUUAUCAUGCUUUGAUGCCAACUUCUCCAAGUCGUAUAAUGAAAAUGGUGAUGAUGGUAGAAUGAAUACCGCCCCGACCUUUGUUGUUCCCGUUGUUUUAGAUGUUUCUGCGCUACGUUAUAGCAAGUUGAUACGAAUAUACUCUACUGUUGUUCUUCUGAACGCAACUUCUACAUCUCUUGAGCUCCGGUUUGAUACUCCAUUUGGUGUGUCACCAACGAUAUUAGAUCCAAUACACCCUGGGCAACAGUUUCCCCUUCCACUACAUUUGGCUGAAGCAGGUUGUGUAAGGUGGCGGCCAGUGGGGAACUCUUACUUGUGGAGUGAAGCUAAUAAACUCUCAAAUCUUCUCUCAGUAAAUAGCAAAAUGGGAAAUUUUAAAUAUUUCAUCUGCUAUCCAUCUCAACCAAGUAGCCAUCCAUUUCGUUGUUGUCUAUCAGUUAAGAGUGUCAGCUUGACUUCAUCUGGCUGGCUUAAAAGUAAUCUAUCCGUUGAUCAAGCAAAGAAGCAUUAUAUCCAUCACUUGAUCCUUAGUGCUCCGUUAGUAAUUAGCAACUUUCUUCCUAAGGAAGUUUUGUUGAUCAGUGAGACUGGUGGGGUAGAUCAUACUGUGAGAGUUUCAGAGGUGGAAACUUCUAUUUAUCAUAUCGAUCCUUCUCACGACCUAGGACUAGAGAUCUGCAUUGAUGGAUUUAAAAGCUGUGAUUUUAAAUUUCCUCGUUUAGAAACUUUCAGCACAAGUGCCAAGUUCAGUGAAACCAAGUUUUCAUUGUCUGAAACUCUGGUAUUUGAACCAAAUAAUUCAAAUGUUGUAGGUCGUAUUUAUGUUACAGUGGACAAGGUGAUGGAUGCAUAUUCAGGUAGCAGGGAACUUCUUAUUUUUGUUCCCUUUAUUUUGUACAACUGCAUUGGUUUUCCGUUGUGUGUGAAGGAGGCCUCUAGUGAAAACGAUGAAAGGGGAUUUGUCAUUCCUUCAUAUUACGAUGUUGCUGUAACUGAAUCAUUGUCCUAUAAAAAGGAUGGACUUUCUCUACUUGCAUCCAGCCAUGAUUCACAUGCUGAUGUUUCUCAUGAGCCAAGGAGUGACCUGAAUAGUCACACCAUUUCAUGUAGAAAAGAUGGUAAUCCAAACUCUUUAAAUUUUCGAAGGCAUUCUACAUUUCGAAGUAGUUCUUUAGGAAGAUUGAAGAGACCACCAAGUUCAAGGGUCCAGUCAACUUGGAAGUGUUCAGGGUCUUGUAAUAAUGAGCAUGAAAAGGUUGUGCCUUGCUUAUAUUCUCCAAGCCCUAAUUCCUCUGUAAAUGAUGUUGUUGUUAAAGUAAGUGGAUGUUUUCCAAAAGAUGUGCGAGAGCAGAUGCCACAUUCUUUAUGGUCAAACUCAUUUUCUCUGCUACCAGCAAGUGGUUCAAGUACCAUAUUUGUCCCUCAACUAACUUCAAACUCUGCAUUCAUUCUGGCUGUGACGUCUAUCGCAGUUGCUGAACCAUAUGUUGGGAGGACAAAUGCAAUUACUUUCCAGCCUAGAUAUGUGAUAAGCAAUGCCUGCAGCAAGGAAAUUAUUUAUAAACAGAAGGGCACUGAUGUCAUGUUUUAUCUAGGAAUAGGAGAACAUACUCAUCUUCACUGGACUGAUACAAGCAGGGAGCUGCUUGUUUCUAUUUGUUAUAAUGAAACUGGAUGGCAGUGGUCUGGCAGCUUUUUACCAGAUCAUUUGGGUGAUACACAACUGAAAAUGAGAAACUUUGUUCUUGGCACUUCAAACAUGAUACGAGUUGAAGUGCAAAAUGCUGACAUAUCAAUGGGAGAUGAAAAGAUAGUUGGAAACAUCAAGGGAAACUCAGGGACCAACUUGAUUCUUUUGUCGGAUGAUUAUACAGGAUAUAUGCCAUACAGAAUUGAUAACUUCUCGAAAGAGAUAUUGCGAAUAUAUCAGCAGAGGUGUGAAAUUUUCGAUACUGUCAUUCACUGCUAUGCUUCUUACCCUUACGUCUGGGACGAACCAUGCUCUCCUCAUCGUCUUGUUGUGGAGGUACCUGGAGAACGAGUUUUGGGGUCAUAUGCUCUGGAUGAUGUUAAAGAGUAUAUGCCUGUCUACUUGCCAUCAACCUCUGAGAAGCCAGAGAGGACAUUCUUUAUAUCAGUCCAUGCAGAAGGAGCAACAAAGGUCCUCAGUGUUCUUGAUUCAAGUUACCACAAUUUUAAUGAAGCGAAGAAAUCAAGUGUUCCACAUGCCUCAGAGAAAAGGUUAUAUGAUCAUAGUCAAGUUAGGCCUACAGAAUAUCAAGAGAAGAUAUCGAUUUCUCUUCCAUACAUUGGGAUUUCAUUGAUUAAUUCAUACCCACAGGAGUUGAUCUUUGCCUGUAUUAAAGAUAUACAGAUCAACCUACUGCAAAGUUUGGAUCGCCAAAGGCUUUCCAUGCAAAUAUCAUUCAUACAAAUUGAUAACCAGUUGCGCUCUACUCCAUAUCCAGUUAUGUUGUCAUUCGGUAGUGGAUACAGAUCCUGUCAAGCAGACUAUAUGAAAUCUAGGGAUGAUGCCACUAGAUCAAGAAUCGAAAAAUCAAAUCCAGCGAAUAUCUGCAGCAGCUCUUCUGUUCCCGUUUUCUGCCUAGAAAUAUCCAAGUGGAAGAAGAAAGACAUCUCAUUUCUUUCAUUUGAGUACAUAAAAUUGAGGAUGGCAGAUUUCCGUCUUGAGAUUGAACAAGAAGUCAUAUUAAGCUUAUUUGAGUUCUUUACAAAUAUCUCUUCAGGGCUGCAGUAUGGUAUCAGACCAUCUUCAAAUCACUAUUACGGGACAUCACUAAAGGAUUCAUCCUCAUUUGUUCAAACUAGUGAAAACUUAAGAUUGAAUGCUGACCAAAGUCCUUUAGGGUUUGCUCCUAUAUUGAAUGCAAAAUCUAAGAAAAUUGCACCAUUGCCUUCUAUCAUUCCAAUUGGAGCCCCAUGGCAGGAAAUUUAUCUGUUAGCCAGAACCCAGAAGAAAAUAUAUAUUGAAAUGCUUGAAUUGGCACCAAUCAAAUUGACUUUAAGUUUUUCCAGUGCGCCUUGGAUGCUUCGCAAUAGAAUACUCACAUCAAAGGAAUUUCUUAUCCAUAGAGGUCUUAUGGCACUUGCUGAUGUUGAGGGAGCACAUAUUUAUCUGAAGGACUUAACCAUUGCGCAUCACAUGGCUAGUUGGGAAUCCAUUCAAGAGAUUCUGAUUAGGCAUUACAACCGCCAACUACUUCAUGAAACUUACAAGUUGUUUGGUUCGGCUGGUGUUAUUGGUAAUCCCUUGGGUUUUGCAAGGAGCAUGGGGCACGGCAUUAGAGAUUUCUUAUCGGUUCCUGCAAACAACAUAAUGCAGAGCCCUGCUGGACUUAUUAUGGGCAUGGCUGAAGGGACCACUAGUCUUUUAAGUAACACACUGUAUGCUAUCAGUGAUGCAGCUUCUCAAUUCAGUAAAGUUGCUCGCAAGGGUAUCGUUGCAUUUACAUAUGAUGACCAUAUAGCUUCAAGGAUGGAAAAACAGCAGGCAACUGUAGCUUCUGAUAGUAAAGGCGUAAUUAAUGAAGUCUUGGAGGGACUCACUGGUCUUCUUCAGUCUCCUAUAAGAGGAGCCGAGAGGCAUGGUCUACCAGGUGUUUUGUCAGGAGUUGCUUUAGGGAUUACAGGUCUUGUGGCAAAACCUGCAGCUAGUAUACUAGAAGUUACUGGCAAAACGGCUCAAAGUAUUAGAAACCGUAGCAAACCCAAUCAAUUAAGAUCAUACCGCUUUAGGGUACGACUUCCCAGGCCACUUUGUAAUGAACUUCCUUUGAGAUCUUAUUCAUGGGAAGAAGCAGUUGGAGCAUCAGUCCUUAUGGAGGCUGAUGAUGGCUUAAAGUUCAAAGAUGAGAAGUUAGCGGCUUGCAAAGGCCUUAAAGAAGCCGGCAAGUUUGUUGUCUUAACAGAAAGAUAUAUAAUGAUUGUUUUCAGUCCAAGUUUGAUAAACUUGGGCAAGCCUGAAUUUUGCGGCAUCUCUGCUGAUUUGGAGUGGAUAAUUGAAUGGGAGAUUGGAUUGGAGAGUAUAAUACAUGCUGAUUGUGAUCAAGGUGUUGUUCACAUUGUUAGUAGUAGACCAGAUUCCUCGUUCAUGCAUAAUCAGCAUUCUCCAAAAAGAGGUGGUAGCAGCCGAACCAAAGCAGUGCAUUGGAACCAUUAUCCAACUCAUCUUCCCCUUCCUCAAACAGACUUAGAACUAGCGUGUGAGGAAGACGCAUUCAACUUAUUACAGAUUUUGCUGUCUGGUAUAGAAAAAGGGAAAGGUAGAGCUUGGGACUGUGGACGGAUCUUGCAUCGAGCUAGUAUGAAGGCCGCAGUUUAAUUACCUACCUCUCCCUUCUAUAGUUUCUACAUUACAUUGUGAAUUAGAGUUGCCAUAAAUUGGAAUUACCAAGCGUUUCUAGCAAUGGCAAGGAAAAAGGAAAAUAAAAAUCUCAUCAUUAUAGAACAUCAUUUGCAUUUGGUAGGAUUUUUCAGUUCUAGCUUUACUUGCAAGUUACAAUACUUUAAAGUAAUUUUGUUGGUCUUUUUCCUUAUUACUUUGUCCAAAAUGAAGGCAACACGAAGGAAUUUUAGUUAGUUAUUUAACAUUUUUUAGGAAAGAAAUUACUAUACACAUUUUCUUGUAUUCAUGGUUGUAUCUUGUACAUUAUGUAUAUUCCCCUUGUCAUUUUGGGGAUGUAAAUAUCAUGGAACUAAACGAGUUUCUUACUUUUAUUAUUA